AAAAAUGAGAAACUACACAGAAAUAACAGAGUUUAUCCUCCUGGGAUUAUCAGAUGACCCACAGCUUCAGGGGGUGAUCUUUGUUUUUCUGCUCAUCACCUACAUGCUCAGCAUCACUGGGAAUCUGACCAUUAUCACCCUUACCCUGCUGGAUUCCCACCUCCAGACUCCCAUGUAUUUCUUCCUCAGAAACUUCUCCUUGCUAGAGGUUUCAUUCACGACUGUCAGCAUACCCAAGUUCCUGGGCACCUUGAUUACAGGAGAUAAAAUCAUUUCCUUUAAUGACUGCAUGGCUCAGUUCUUUUUUUUCAUCCUCUUGGGAGUCACUGAAUUUUGCCUUCUCGCCACCAUGUCCUAUGACCGUUACAUUGCCAUCUGCAAACCUCUGCAUUACAUGACCAUCAUGAAUCCCAGAGUCUGCAUACUCCUUGUCCUUGCUUCUUGGUUGGCUUCAUUCUUAAUCAUAUUCCCAUUACUCAUGCUGUUCAUACAGCUUGAUUACUGUAAGUCCAAUGUUAUAGACCAUUUCACCUGUGAUUAUUUUCCCCUGCUGCAACUUUCUUGCUCAGACACAAAAUUCCUAGAGAUAGUGGGCUUUUCCUGUGCUGUGUUUACUUUAAUGUUCACUUUGGCAUUAAUAAUCCUGUCCUACAUAUAUAUCAUCAGAACAAUUUUGAGGAUUCCUUCUGCUAGUCGGAGGACAAAGGCCUUUUCCACCUGUUCAUCCCACAUGAUUGUCAUCUCCAUCUCCUAUGGCAGCUGCAUUUUCAUGUACAUUAAUCCAGCAGCAAAAGACAGAGUGUCUCUGAGCAAGGGAGUUGCUGUGCUAAACACCUCAGUAGCCCCCAUGCUGAACCCCUUUAUUUACAGCCUAAGGAACCAGCAAGUCAAGCGAGCCUUCAUGGACAGGGCAAGGAAGAUUGUAUUUUUCUCAAACAAAUGAAAAAAUAAAAGUGUUGUCAUAAAUUAGAGGCAUAAUGAA